CUGACUGUAUAUCUCCUGCUCAGUGGCUCAGUGUGUAUGAUGAGUCAUCUGCUGAACAUCCUGCUGGCGUUGCUGAGUCGUUUCCUGUUUGCCGUGCACGGGGUGCUGACGGUGUGGCGUGUGGUGGUCAUCAAAGAGGAACCACUCUACUGGCUGCUGCUGACAGGCGUGGCUCUGCUGGGUGUGGAAAUGGCUGUCACGCUGAAGUGCACCCGUAAAGCAGAGUGGAAAUGGUUCUCCCCCAUGGUUUUUCUCUACCUCAGCACCGUCAUCCCUUCCAUUUGGUUUCUGGAGCUGGGCCUGCUGCAGUCCAAGUUGCCCGUCAACAACUCAUCAGGCCCCGAACUCCGUUUGCUGGCUCACAUCCCAAUCACAGCGGGCAUCGUGGAGCUGGAUCCAGAAAACUGGGUGGCUGGCUUGGAGCAGACCAUGCUCAUAGUUCUGGUUCUAGGUCGCUGGUUGAUGCCAAAGGGGGACAUGUCCCGUGACCAGCUCUCCCAGCUCCUCAUGGUCUAUGUGGGACUAGGUGCUGACAUCCUGGACAUCUUUGACACCUUCAAAGAACCUGAGGUUAAAACUAACCGGGUCAUCAUAAUUGUUGGCUUGGCCCUCUUCUCCUGGGCACUCAUGCAGUUUCCUCUGGUACUCACUCAGACGAGUGUCCCAAAAGAUCCAUCCUCACCUCCUCAGGGGUUUGUGGGGGGCUUCUCCUGCUGCUCCAGUGAAGUGUGGAGCUUGCUGUUGACGGUGGGACUCCAAGAUGGCCCGUUCCUCCUUUACCGCCUCUACCUCAUGAUCCAAGAGCAGGUCCUGAACCAACUGAUGAUCUUCUUCACCUGCAAGAACAUCCUCAUUGUCCUUCUGGAGCUUUAUCGAAUCUUUGUGGUGCAGUGUGAGCAGCAAGCAGAGUCGGGGUUGGAAAGAUGUCCCGCUCUGGUGGUCUGGUGUCGAAACCUGAAGGGCAAUGGGGAGGUAGAGGAGGAGAAAGAGGAGGAAAUGGGGAGAGGGGUGUGCUCUGAUGAGCAGAUCUUUCAUACAGUGACAGAGAGGGGGACGGAAGGAGAGGAAGAUCAGGGAGAUGACUGUGGCUGCUCAGGUGGGGGAGGGACAGCAGUAAGUCACAGUGAGUGA